GGAUGCGGAUGUUGACGAAUACAUGAAAGAGCUCACCGUCACCAGCUUCCGGUUAUUAGCGGCUUGUCACAGCGAAUGACGGCGUCUCGGUUUAGUUUAUUCUCUCGGACCGAAGCCACUGAAACAGGAUUGUAUACUUUAAGAGACGUAUUUUGAUCCUAAGGAACUCUUUAAACGGUGGAUAAUUUUUUUUCUAGCUUUAAAAAAAAAAACCCUGAUUAAAAACCACAUCUGGAUGAAAACAAGCUGUCACCUUUAAGGGAGCGUUCACUCGCGCUACGGAUUCGUGUUCAUUACGGUUUUCCAGUCGUAGAGUCGUGUUUUUACUCCUCGAGCUGUCUUCUGUUAUGUAUAUAAACCUGUGUGAAUUGUUUUUAUGAUGUUUAAAUAGAGGAAAGAUGUGUUUUUGGUGUUUUGUCAGGCUGACAGAUUCUUUUAAAUGUGUAUAUAUGUGUAUAUAUACAACAAAUCUACAAACAUAAUGAGUACAUUACAGUGUAGGUGAUUUUACAGGUGAAGGAAAAACAUAAGAAAGUUAAAUCUGUGCUUUAGUUUGAUUUGAUCUGCACCAGCAGGUGUAUCGAUGUUGGGUUUAGUUCCAGAUGUGAGUCGUGUGGUUUUGUCACCUUGUGAGUAAUCAGCAUGUGUCAGGUGUGUUUCUGUGGAUCCGGGUUUGGCCGCAGGUGACGGAGGGAGGCGGGUGUGCUGAAGGUCCCAGGUGAUGGUUGAAGUUAAACAAGCUCGUGUUUACGUCUUCGAUCCGAGCUUCGUUUUCGAACGAAGAACCUGGUGAAGAACCCGUGGGAACGCUGACGGCUGUAGGAGACGCGGUUCGAUAGUCAGAUCCGUGGCAUUAUUACUGUUAAUCCAACUUUAUUUAUUUAUUUAUCUAUUUAUUCAUUCAUGCUGCGUUUUUUGUGCACGGUAAUAAGAGCGAUGAUUGAGAAGUCAUGACACGCUGUCGUGACUCCGCGGUGUAGUAAAGUGGUGUAUUAAAGGUGUUCGGACGCUUCGCUGGGCGACGAUGUCACCCGUUUCCUUGCUGCUGCUGCUGCUGCUCGGGUUCUCCGUCCGGCUCUCGGAAAGCAUGAGCAGAGACGAGAAGCACAAGCUGAGAAAUCAAGUGCUGGAGAUGUUCGACCACGCUUAUCAGAAUUACAUGGACCACGCCUACCCAGCAGAUGAGCUGAUGCCUUUGACAUGUCGAGGUCGAGUACGAGGUCUGGAGCCGAGCCGAGGGGACGUGGAUGAUGCUCUGGGAAGGUUUUCUCUCACCCUCAUCGACACACUGGACACUCUAGCGCUGUUGAAUAAGAGUAAGGAGUUUGAGGAAGCGGUCAAGCGAGUGGUGAAGGACGUGCGACUGGACAACGACAUCGUGGUGUCUGUGUUCGAGACCAACAUCCGAGUGCUGGGAGGGCUGCUUGGAGGUCACUCCAUGGCAGUGAUGCUGAAAGACAGAGGUCAGCGCAUGCAGUGGUAUCAGGACGAGCUCCUGCACAUGGCUAAAGACCUGGGACUGAGACUUCUGCCUGCCUUUAACACCAGCAGUGGCCUGCCUUACCCCCGGGUCAACCUGCGUCACGGGGUUCAGGGUCCCGAGACUCGGACAGGUACAGAGACGGAAACCUGCACCGCCUGCGCAGGCACCAUCAUCCUGGAGUUCGCCGCUCUGAGCCGCUUCACCGGAGACCCCACAUUCGAGGCCCACGCUCGGAGAGCUCUCGACUUCCUGUGGGAGAAGAGACAGAGAAACAGCAACCUGGUGGGAACGACCAUCAAUAUCCACUCGGGGGAGUGGGUGCGCCGAGACAGCGGAGUUGGAGCCGGAAUCGACUCGUAUUACGAGUACCUGCUGAAGGCCUACGUCCUGCUGGGGGACGAGCAGUUACUUCAGCGCUUUAAUAUACACUAUGCGUCUAUAAUGAAGUACAUCAGUCAGCCUCCUCUGCUGCUGGACGUCCACAUCCACAAACCCCUGCUGCCUGCACGCACCUGGAUGGACUCGCUGCUCGCCUUCUUCCCCGGUCUGCAGGUGCUAAAAGGAGACAUCCGCCCUGCUAUAGAAACCCAUGAAAUGCUGUAUCAGGUCACCAAGAAACACAACUUCCUACCUGAAGCCUUCACUACAGACUUCAGGGUUCACUGGGCACAGCAUCCACUGAGACCCGAAUUUGCGGAGAGCACCUAUUUCCUUUACAAGGCCACCAGGGACCCGUAUUACCUGGAGGUGGGACGCACCGUUCUGGAUAACCUGAACCGCUUCGCUCGGGUCCCGUGUGGCUUCGCCGCCAUGAAGGACGUCAGGACCGGAAGCCACGAGGACCGCAUGGACUCGUUUUUCCUGGCCGAGAUGUUUAAGUAUCUCUUCCUGCUGUUUGCCGAGGAGGACGAUUUACCCUUCGACGUGGAGGACUACGUCUUCACCACAGAGGCUCACCUGCUCCCCUUGUCCCUCUCCAUCGUUUCUCGCUCACACCCGCCCCCUGCAGGCAACACCACGGUACUGCAUGCUCCGACGCCGGCGGAGCUCGACGACUCGAACUUUGAAUGGACCUGUCCCAACACCCGCCUCCUUUUCCCUGACCCCGCCUACCCACACAACCUCCGCGAGCCAAUCAGGAGUGCGGUGGACAAGAGUUGUCCCCGCCCCCUUCCCCCACGAGAGCCAGGAGUGGGCCGUGCUCCGCUGAGAGCUCAAGACUUCAUGGCUAAUAAUCCGGAGCACCUGGAGCUGCUGAAGAGGAUGGGGGUCACGCUGAUCCACCUGAAGGACGGCAGAGUGCAGCUAGUACAGCACGCCGCACAGGCGGUGAGCGCUGUAGCUGCUGAGGAUGGCAUGCGCUUCAUGCAGGAGAUGAUGGAGCUCUCCAGCCAGCAGCAGAAAGAGCAGCUUCCCCCCCGCGCCGUACAGAUCAUAUCACACCCCUUUUUCGGAAGAGUGGUACUGACCGCCGGACCUGCGCAGUUCGGAAUGGACCUUUCUAAGAACAGCUUAGGGGUGCGAGGCUUCGUGACCGUCGCCGAGCCGUACUCCGGCUGCGCCGAGCUCAGCAACGCCGAGUUCGUGGCUGGACGUAUCGCUCUGCUGCAGAGGGGACAAUGUAUGUUUGCAGAGAAAGCCAGAAACAUUCAAAAGGCCGGAGCUAUCGGAGGAAUCGUGAUCGACGAUAACGAGGGCAGCAGCAGCGACACGGCGCCGCUCUUCCAGAUGGCAGGAGAUGGCCGGAGCACCGACGACGUCACUCUGCCCAUCCUCUUUCUGUUCCAUAAGGAAGGGAACAUCCUGCUGGAGGCCCUGAAGGAGCACAGCGAGGUGGAGGUGCUGCUCAAUGAGAAAGCCCGAGACAGAGAAGCCAUAUUUAAGGGAAAAGCCCUCCCGGGCACCCUGUUGGAUGGUGGUGGAGACGAAACGGAGGAAGGGGACGAGGAGGAAGGCUGCUGCGAAGAGGACCACAGUCACUCCGCCCCCUCAUCAACACCUGACCAACCACAGUCCACAGCUCAGGACCAAGCGGUAGCGGGUGAGGAGGCAGGAAAGCCAGAGGAGGGGCUUAGCAACGACAUACCUCUGAGCGUGGGGGAGGAGCCUGUAGAGGACGAUGAUCCUAACGACCAAUCGGUGGACUCGAUAAUGGCUGAUUGGCAGGAGGACUUGGAGGCGUUUAAACAGAUGGAGAACGAUGAACUUUGACCUCGGGAUCCAGGGACAGAUUGCAGAACAGAGCCAUAAAUAUUUAUAGGAGUACAGGACUGAAGACGAAGGCCUCAUUCUCAGGUGCUUUUACUGGAGCAGAAAUCUUUAACCUCCACCUAAACCAAACUCAAGACCAAACCGUCUCAUCUUGUCUCUCGUCUUUCUUCUCGUCUUACCGGACGUCUUCCAAAUCGGUGUUUGUUAAUCCGCGGGGUUGACGUUCAUUUGAAGUGAUUUACAGACCGAUCGUUAACAAACAGGAGAGUUUACACGGUCGUUACUGUUGUUAUACGCCGAAAAUCAAAAGACGGUCCGGACUCUUUGGAACGAUCGGACCGUAUGUGUAUAUGUAGUUUUUAUGUACGUUUGAUUUUAAGUGUCUGUUGUUUCUGGAACAUUGACCAGAGAGUCAAAACUUUUAGUGACUUUUAACUAUUUGAUUCUCACUCGUAAAGGAACGGUUCAUCGUAAACUCGUUAGAUUCACUCAGUGUACCUGUAACAGCAUGUCACGAUAUAUGACAUUUGUGUUGAUAAAUUGGCUCCAGAUCCAUGAGCGAGCACUUACACCAUGCAAAUGAACGUGUGUCAUAAAAGUCACGACUAAAUGCAUAUAAAACUGAGUUAAAAUAACUCCAAGGCCACGAUCUGCUAAUAAUAAUAAUAAUACCCAAGUACUUCAUGUGCGUCACACGGGGUCACUGUAGAGCCGAACGACUGACUGAACCGACCCUGGAGAUUAUUUUAUCAGUUUUGACUUCUAGUAUGAAGGCUUAAGCAAAAAUAGGGAGCAGAAAAGGCCUGAAGCCAACAUUUGUACAACCAGAUUAUGCUUGUUAUUGCAAAAAAUGUUUGUGUGAAGAUUUUUGUUGUUUUUUUUGUUUGUUUUUUUCAAGAAGGCUAAAAAAAAAAUCACUUUACAAAGGCUUCUAUUAUUUGUCGGCUUCACUUACGAACCCUGCGAAAGGAAAACUGUUAGAUUUCAUAUAUUUUGGUGAACCGUUCCUUAAACGCUCAAGUAACGGACGAGGGGUGAUAUGUGGGGGGUUUUGGGAACCAGUCAAAGAAAAGAACAAACCCAGUUGUUGACUUCGCUGAUAACUUGGGAAGUGUUUGAGGACCAGGCCCUGUGUUUGUGUUUAGCGUUAAUCAGCCCUUGUGCAUGUGCGCGUGUGUGUGUGUGUGUGUGUGUGCGUGUGUGUCCUGGAGAGUAAAAAGGCACGAACUGAAAAGAAACGCAUCUCUUCUAUCAUUGACACCCAAAAAAACAAAAACCUUCCAUUGUCCUACAGGGGGCGCCGUUUCCACAUCAUUCACUGACUGAAAAAGGAAGGACCAGGCUUCAGGACAUCAUAAAACUGAACUUAACAAGAGAUAAAUGACGGUUUCACACUUUUUAAAUGACGAAAUUUGUAUGAAAAGGUGGAAAUCCGUGCACUGUGUGCAAUAAAGGGCAGAGGCAUGUUUGAUUUUAA